AGGAAGACAUGGAAGUUGGGGAGCGCCGAGAAGAUAAAUGUUGACAUUCCUGCGCGUUCAUGUGGUUUGCGCUUCCUUGAUUGGCGUCCUCGCUCCUAGACUCCACUGUCUUGCUAUUUCUCUUAAACCUCCGGUGAUUUCGCUAUUGAUUAUCGUCCAGUCAAAUCUCUUUCUAUCACCUAAUGCAAACCAUCCAAUCGGAUUACCCCACUAUGUUUUAUCCAUCCUGGUCUCGCUGUCUGCAACUGUUGUCCCCGUGCUUUUUUGUUUCUUUUUUUGUAUUUUUCUCCUUCUGUUUCAUGCGGUUCAUCGUCCAUCGUUUCAUGCUACUUGUAUCAAUUCAAUCAGUCCGUGUCGAGUCGAUCAGUCCGUGUCAAGCCAACAGGUCUGCUUUGUCGACGCCGCGCAUCACACAUACCACUUACUCGCUGUAUCACAAAUUUUAUGAACCGAUCCGCACUCACGCUCCCCCCAACCAACGUUGCGGCAGUCAGGAUACGAAUGUUUUACGCGAUGCUCGCCUGAAUUUAAUGUGCGUUGGUAUGACGAGUAUCUGAAGGUUAAGCCUUCAGCCUGGUGGUGUUCGCACGUUCGGCUGCAAG